UUUAAGAUCAAUCAAUCAAUCAAUCAAUCAAUCAAUUCUUCUUUCCGCAUUACUGGUUUUCUCCUUCUUCAUAUCAAAAGCUACCCAAGGUUCUAAACAAGCGCACGCCGCACGCCGCACACCCUUCAACAUCAUAUAUCCCCGUCGCUGAUCUACAUUCUCAAUACCCUCUUCAGAAUGGCUUAACUCCUUGUUCCAUACCCUUGGAGUAGCCUUGAGAUCGAAAACUAAUAUUUCGAUCGGUCUUUUGCGGAAAAGUCUUUGGUCCUUGUUGGGUAAAAUUAACACAAUAAUUCAAAGAAAUCUUGAGACGACUUCCUUCCCCGCCUUGAUUUCGACUACUUGAAUAAGGCUCCUCAUUGGCAUUGGCAUUGGCAUUUUUCAUUUAACGAAAUCAUUUCAUUACACACUCUUAUCAAUUUGGAUAUUUUAAUGUCAAAGUCCGAAAAGCCGCUUCGCAUUCGAAAGUUGUAAAAAAAACUUCUUUUCCAGUUUUUGAUCCACCGAGUCACCUCGUGCGUAGACAUUGCGCAGCCCAGCACUUUAACAUUCUUAUAUCCUUAUAUACAUAUCAUAUUGCUACCGUUGCAUCUGCCCGCACUUCAAGCCAAGGAUCUGUCGCUUUUUCUAUUUUGGUGAACGAAGGUACAUAUCAAGUACAAUCUUUUCGAAACACAUUAUAUCUUGUGUAGGGGUCUUCUGAGAUAUAUCAUAUACUCGAUAACUCAUCACACCUGCAACUAUCAACCAUCAACGACACAAAAGAUUAUACAAAAGACACAACACCUACCUACCUACCUCACUGCUUCGACAUCUCUUCGCUCGCACAUUACCAUACCUCACCAUAAUACGAUACACAUAUACACAAUGUCGUCUUUCGCAUUCUCCAGAGUCUCCUCAGAUUCUUCAUCCUCCUCCUCCUCCUCCUCUUCCUCCUCAUACUCCGUCGAACCAAGGGUAGAAGUUAUGCGUUGUUCACGAUGUGCCAAAACUGUCGAAACCAUCAGCACAAUGCAAUAUCACGGCAACGAGUUACGAAGAGUCAGCACGGAUGAUGCAAGUGCCAGUGGAAUGGUACGAUUUGGUCACAACUUGUAUUAUUGCGAUCGUUGUGCAAAAAUGGUUGGUUACAAGUGAAGUGAGGAUUGAUGAAAGGGUUUCGAAGAGAGCAUACAGUGCGACAAUCACAACUUAACAACAACAAUGUAAGAAAGGAUCAGGGGAUGGAGGAUGGAGAGAUGGAUACCAUGGAGUCAAUUGGAGUUGAGGGAAUACUUCCUCUAGAGAAGGGCAUGGGAAGGGGAAUGGGAUCUGGAGUACGGAGUUACGAUUUGAUGGCACGAUUGGACCUAUUAACGAUACCGAAUUGUUACAAUACAGUACUACUGCUUCCGAUAUUUUACCAUACAUUGGCAUUACUUUUUGGUGAAAGAUCAAUGUACACAUCUGUUACAGGAUACCGCAACGCAGAAGUGUUUACAUGUGUGAUUGUGUUCACGUCACAUCACCUCACCAUCAGUACAUUUACCCCGCCAAACAACUGCAUUACGACGUACACGGCCAAAUUCAAUACAACCUCACUCUACACCAUGAUCUCGUUCUUUACUAUCACUAUCGACUCGAGCCAUCACGAGUCAGAAAUACCGAAAAUAUCUUCCACUCAAAUUCUUUCCAGAAAACACGACUUAUUAAAAAGAAUAAUAUAUCCUCAAAAAACGCAUGCACACAGCCUCUCUUCCUCAUCAAUCCGCCAAGAAAAAAGAUUACAUGGUUUAUAAUCUUUUUAUCCUUGCGUUUUAUCCGACUUUCAAAUACCCCACAGAGCGUGGAAGCUUAUGAUUGGUUUGGUAAUCAAUGGGGCUUGAAAAAUUUCUCGAGAAGGAAAUGAGCUUGCGUAGCUUGAAUGGUUUUGGGGGAAGAACGCCAGGUGAUGUCACUGAUGCAUAUCAUGAGGGUUUUUCUUGUCCUUGGUUCACUUUCUUUCACCUUGAGACUACUGAAUGUAGGUGGACAUUCAUAGUUAGAGGAGGAUAUUUUUAGGUCUUCGGGCAAGAGUCCAAGGGGAUAUCUUGAUGCUUGGGGACGGGAGCUACAAUGCAUACAUAUGCAUGAAGGGAGCAGGCGAUGAUGGCAGUGUACUUCAUGUACCUUUAUGAGAUAUGACCUCAUUUGUUUUAUUUACUGUGUAAAUAUUUAUUAGCUGGACUGAACCAGAUGUACAAGAUACAAAGGAAAUACAAAUAAACCACUAUCA